AUGGGGAUUAUGCUUCAGAUUAUUCUGGGAAUGUUUCAAUUCCUGCUGCUCGCCAGGAUACCAGCCUUCCACGCCAAGCUCGCCCACUGGCGACCAGCAGACUCCCCCAGGUCCAGAUGAGAGUCGAGAAGGUACAUCAUCCGGCGGUGGCUGGAGGUGUAUUCCCGUGGCUGCGAACCGCGGGACACCCUGGUGGAGGUGUGGCGGAGUUGCCCGGGAACCCACCACCUCUUUGUCCCGGCCUGUGUGUCGGUGAGGCGCUGCGGCGGCUGCUGUGCCGAUGAGGCCCUGGAGUGUGUGCCCUCACUCACACACACACUCACCAUGGAGCUGAUGAGGACCUCCUUCAUGAAGCACGAGCUCGUUGAGCUGCCCUUCAUCGAGCACAGCCAGUGUGAAUGUAGAGUCAAAGACCUCCAGCUGUUAACUACGACAAGGCCCGUCUCCAAGCCCAGAAGGAAAGACAGGAAAAAGGAGAAGGGCAAAUCCAAACUGAAGCAAACUGGAAUCAUCCGGACCACAUCCACCCCUCCUCCCCCCACCUCGGCCCCCUCACCAGGGUCUCGUUGCCGCCCCUGCCCGGGCAGGAAACUAGUGCUGGAGAGCAGGUUGUGUCAGUGCCGUUGCACCAUCAGCCCACAGAGCUGCAGCCAGAAAGGCAGGAGGCUCAACCCUCACCGUUGCAGAUGCGAUGCCUUGAGAGUGUGA